AUGAGUUCCGAAGAUUCAAAAGAUUUCAAUGAAAAAAUACAUAAUCAUGAUGUUGAGAUUGGGGUUGGAGAAAUUCAACAAAUUGAUGAAUUGGCUUACACUGAAGAAGAAGAGCGAAAGCUUGUUAAGAAGAUUGAUUUACUCAUACUUCCUUCGUUAUGUUUAAUUUUCUUUGCGCAAUAUCUUGACAAGCAAUCUAUUACCUACACCUCUGUAUUCGGCUUAAAGACAGAUUUACAUAUGACUGGAAAUCAGUAUUCAUGGUGCAGUACUGGGUUUUAUUUAUGUCAAAUGAUUACGACUUUUAUUUUUAUUUAUCUCAUGACGAAGGUGAAUCGUACUUUGUUGAUAGGUGUUUCAGUAGUAGCAUGGGGUGUAUGUUGUACUUGUCUCGGUGCUACCCAUAAUUACGCUCAAUUUAUUGCUGUUCGAUGCCUUUUAGGAGCUACUGAAGCUGCAUGUCAACCUUGUACGUUGUUAGUUACUCAGUCAUGGUAUAGAAAAAAGGAGCAUCCAUAUCGUAUGGCCGCUUGGAUAAGUAUGAACUCUUUAGCGCAAAUCUUUGGGUCAUUCUUCAUGUAUGGCAUUGGAAAGACCAACAAAUCUUCUCUAGCAGAUUGGAAAAUAAUGUUUCUUAUAUGUGGUAUUAUUUCUAUUGUAAUAGGGACUUUGUUUGUGAUUGCUGUUCCAUUUACUCCAGAGAAGGCAUGGUUUCUUACUGAUAGAGAGAGAAAAAUUGCUCUACACAGAAUAUAUAUCGAGAGUGAUAGACAAGGAGGCUCUCAGUUCAGCAAGGAACAAAUGUUUGAAUGCCUCAAAUGUGACUGGCUCACUUGGAGCUCUUUUGCAUUUGGCUUUUUGGUCUGUGUUACUUCCGGGACAAUAGUUUUCCAAUCUUUAAUACUCAACGAUUUCGGAUACGACAAGUUUCAAGUCAUGAUAUACGGAUCUCCCUCUGGUGCCGUCCAGCUAGCUUUUGUUUGGAUCGGUGUAUUUAUGGUGAUGGGUUUCUCAAACUACCGUACAGUUAUUGCUCAGCUUUUAAUUAUUGUCCCUAUUGUUGGUAAUGCUCUGUUACUGGGUUUACCGAGCAAAGCAGGUUGGGGCAUUGUAGUGUCUUCUUGGCUUGGCUCUGUAAUUACCUGCUCUAUGUCGAUUUUAUUGAGUCUAAACGCUUCAAACAUUCGAGGUAACACAAAAAAAUCUAUUGCUAAUAACCUAUUUUUUGUUGGAUACUGCCUUGCAGCUGUAGUUUAUCCUCAAUGGUGGGAUUAUUCCAAGGAUCCCAAAUUCCGCGUUGGUUUAGCUGUAAACCUAGCCUUGUGGUGUUUGCUUGAAAUCCUGUUGGUUUAUUAUAGAUGCAAAGCUUUACGAGAAAACAAAAAGAGGAGUGAAUUAGAAAAGCAAGAAGAUUUACCUAUAUAUAGUAUUUAUGAUGAUGUCACGGACAAACAAGACCUAAGACACAGGUAUUCAUGUUGA